CUCUCUCUCUCUCUCCGCCCCUAUCCAAUACCAAAAGAAACAAACGACCUCAGAAUACAUUUAUCUCAUUCAGUCCCUUUGCUUAAAGCAUAGGGGAGAGCAAUCGAAAACAAGAGCAAUGGGGACGGGUGUGUCGAAGAGUAGAGAGGACGGCUCGCAUGGAGGCGAGGAGGAGCGAGAGGAGAGCCUGGACCAAGCGGGCGGGCAGCUCUACUUGUCGCUGAAGAUGGAGAACUACAAGCGCAAGGGCGACAUCAUUCCCCAUGUCUAUGGCUCCGUCCCUCUCGUCGGCUCUUGGGACUCCUCUAAAGCCCUUCCGAUGGAACGGGAAUCGGCGUCUAUGUGGGAAUUGAGCUUUGUUGUUCCUCCUAAUCACGAAACUUUGGACUUCAAGUUCCUUUUGAAGCCUAGGUACAAUAAUGCGCCUUGCAUAGUCGAGGAGGGUCCAAAUCGACUUCUCACUGGGGGAACCUUGCAAGGGGAUGCAAGGCUGGCUAUAUUUAGGCUUAAUGCAGAUGAGGUUCUUGAGUAUCGGGUGUUCAUUCACGCCGACAGGGUUUCGCCGUUUGAUCUUGCGGCUAGUUGGAGGGCUUAUCAGGAGAACCUUCGGCCUUCAGCUGUUCGUGGUAUUCCUGAUGUCACUAUUAAUUCAUUGCCGGAGAUGGGUGCCGAGGAUAACUCUUCAACUAGUUUGGAGCUUGAUCUUGAACAUUAUGUUGUUCCAGCUCCAUCAACCAAUUCAGGUUUUGUUUAUGCAGCUAACAACACAGAGACCCCAAGGUCAUUAGGUCAUGCUGGGGUUUUUGCCAGCAUGGAUGGCCCAGGGAGUGUUUCAUAUUCCUUUAAGGAUGCCGGUGUUUCUGUUGAUCGACCUGCAACUAUAAAGGAGAUGGAGGUAAUUGUCCCUGAUUCAUCCCGGGUGUAUUCAGGUCCUGGAAUGGUUGAAUCGAAGUCAGUUGGGACAUUUUCGCCUUUGCAAAAGCAAGAUAGUCACAGGGGUCUUCUUGUGGAUAGGGGUGUUGGAUCUCCUAGGCUAGUUAAAUCAGCUAGUGCAAGUACUUUCACUGUUGAUCUCAGACUGGACACAGAAACAAAGAAUUCAAUUCCGGCGGCUGCUGGAGCUGUUGCAGCUGCAGCUGUAGCUGAUCAGAUGCUUGGACCAAAGGAGGAUCGACAUUUGGCUAUUGUCUUGGUUGGUUUGCCAGCUCGAGGAAAGACUUUCACUGCAGCUAAACUUACCAGAUAUCUUCGUUGGUUGGGUCAUGAUACCAAGCAUUUCAAUGUUGGGAAGUAUCGGCGGCUGAAGCAUGGGUCAAAUCAGUCUGCAGAUUUUUUCCGAGCUGACAAUCCCGAAGGCAUGGAAGCACGUAAUGAGGUAGCAGCCUUGGCUAUGGAAGACAUGAUAUCUUGGAUGCAAGAAGGUGGCCAGGUAGGGAUAUUUGAUGCCACAAACAGUACCAGGAAAAGAAGGAAUAUGCUGAUGAAAAUGGCUGAAGGAAAAUGCAAGAUUAUUUUUUUGGAGACACUUUGCAAUGAUGAACGCAUUAUUGAAAGAAAUAUACGUCUUAAAAUUCAACAAAGUCCUGAUUAUGCGGAAGAGCCAGAUUUUGAGGCAGGAUAUCGGGACUUCAAAAAUCGAUUAGACAAUUAUGAAAAGGUUUAUGAGCCAGUAGAAGAAGGAUCUUACAUUAAAAUGAUUGAUAUGGUCAGUGGAAACGGUGGACAAAUACAAGUGAACAAUAUCAGUGGCUAUCUUCCUGGGCGGAUUGUGUUUUUCUUGGUAAACACACAUCUCACACCUCGCCCAAUUUUACUUACUCGACACGGGGAGAGUAAGGAUAAUGUCAGAGGCAGGAUUGGGGGUGACACUGAAUUGAGUGAUCGUGGAGAAAUUUAUUCAAAAAAACUUGCAAACUUUGUCGAAAAGCGACUCAAAUCAGAAAGGGCUGCUUCUAUUUGGACAAGCACUCUGCAGCGAACAAUUCUGACUGCAACUCCAAUUGGCGGAUUCCCUAAGAUACAAUGGCGUGCACUCGAUGAGAUAUAUGCUGGAGUUUGUGAUGGAAUGACAUAUGAAGAAAUAAAGAAGAACAUGCCUGAGGAAUACGAGGGACGUAAGAAGGACAAGCUGAGGUAUCGGUAUCCUCGUGGGGAGUCUUAUUUGGAUGUUAUUCAAAGGCUUGAGCCUGUAAUUAUUGAGCUUGAACGACAACGGGCACCUGUUGUUGUGAUAUCUCACCAGGCAGUAUUGAGAGCAUUAUAUGCUUAUUUUGCUGAUAGGCCUCUGAAAGAAAUCCCACACAUUGAGGUCCCGCUUCAUACUAUAAUAGAGAUUCAAAUGGGAGUUACAGGUGUCCAAGAGAAAAGAUACAAACUCAUGGACUAGAUAAGUUCACAAGAACUUUUUAGUUUUUAAGCUUGUAACUCAAAACUGUUGAGGCAAGUUUGCAUUCUUUUAAUCCUCAUUCGUUAACAAGAUGUAACAUUAGCAUAAAAGUGACAUUGUAUCAGUAUUUCAAUAAUCAUCAAUGGAAAAUGAUUUCAUUUGUCA